UCUCUCUCGUGUGAACCGUUGUGUAUUUAUAUAGAUUCACGUGUGUUUGUCAACCUGGAUUUGUCGGUCAAUCUUUAUACCCACAAGGCAAAAGAAAUAUAAAGGCACAAGGUUUGGAGAGGGAGAUCUGUCAUUCUGUGUUCGUUUUCCUUUCAGAAGCGCAUUUGAUUGUUUUUUUUCUUCUUCUUUGAAAAGCGUUGCAACCCCAUCUGUGUUCCAAAAUAUGGAGCUAGCUUUGAGUUUAGGUGAUACUUCCAAGCCUUUCAAGUUUCUUGACAAAACUCCAAAGUUGUCAAGCAAAGAUCUCGGGUUUUGCAUGGGCUUAGGGAGUGGUUUUACUGCAUCAACAAGAUCGCACGACAAACUAGGUAGCCAUGAAAAUAAUCAUCAAGAAGAUGAGCGAAGAGUCUCUUCAGAUCCGCCACUUCAACUUGUUCUUUUACCUUUCUCUCCUGUUCCUCGCAGGCAUCAGCCUCCUUCAAAGACUCGCUUUCCAUGGCUGACAGAUAACUUGGUGUCUGAACCGGGCUCAACUGAAGGAUCAGGGAGAGGGUUUGAUGUGAACCGUUUGUCCAUGGAUGACGCUGAUGAAGGAGCGGCGCUUUCGUCGCCAAAUAGCGCGGCCUCGUCCUUUCAAAUGGAUUUUGGGAUUAGAAGUGGGAGAGGCAAUAAGAGAGAUUUAGAGGCUAUAGAGGCUUCAAGAGCAAGUGAUGAUGAAGAGAACGGUUUGACAAGGAAGAAACUAAGGCUCUCUAAAGAUCAAUCAGCUUUUCUUGAAGAGAGUUUCAAAGAACACAGUACCCUUAAUCCUAAGCAAAAGCUAGCUUUAGCAAAGCAGUUGAAUCUUCGUCCUCGCCAAGUGGAAGUGUGGUUUCAAAACAGAAGGGCAAGGACAAAAUUGAAGCAGACAGAGGUAGAUUGUGAGUAUUUAAAGAGAUGCUGCGAGACACUGACAAAAGAGAACAGGAGGUUACAAAAGGAACUGCAAGAAUUAAGAGCUUUGAAAACUUCGCAACCCUUCUACAUGCAGCUUCCUGCCACCACUCUCACCAUGUGCCCUUCUUGUGAACGCGUGGCCACCACCACAACCACCACCAAUCCAUCCACUAGCACCACCACCUCUAAAACAUUGUCACUGCCUGCUAAACCUAGGUUAUUUCCUUCGUCACAUGGCCAAGUCCAAGCUCAUCAAGCUGCUUCAUGACUCACCAUGACUAGUAAAAAAAAAAAACAAAAUGAAAGACAGGAGGAACAGUGAUCUCCCUUUCCCAUUUGUAAAUAGCUUUUCUUUGGUGGUUUUGGCUGAUAAAUUUUGUUGACUGAUCAUCUGAGAUUUGGUUAGGAACUAGACCUCAAUUUUGUGAGAAGUUAAUUUUACCACCUGAUGUAUUUAAUUGAUUUUUGUAUUGAAUACAGUUUGGAGGUUUAUUUA